AUGACUUCAGGGACCGCCCCGACGUCAGGUUACAAGCGUCUUCGUGACAGUGAUCAACCAGGUCUAUUUGCACCCAUCACUCAAUCUGCGCCUUCCGGGCCUCCUCGCACUCCGACUGCAGGCCACCGCUUCCAUACCUUCCAGUCGACCCCACGCACGCUGCUGAACACAUCCGUCGCGAAACAUUCGGCGAAGACGAUACACGCUCCAGAGGCACGGACUAACUCGAGAAUGGAUAACACUGGAUACUGGGUCGGCCCUAUGCCUACGGAACAGUUUAUGGGGGACUUCGUCCCGGAGACGAACGUAGCCGCGCCAAAGGUCGAAUACCCCGUCGACCACGUCAAAAGCGAGAAGGAUCUGGAGGAUGUAGUGAUCCGAGGGGUCAUGCAAGUAGCCACCAACUCUGUCGUCGUCGACACCAGCGCGACCGUCGAUAGGAAUGCGUCUCGCGGACAGCAGAUGAAGCCAGACCUGAUGAUGUACGGGUAUCUCAUCGACCUGGCGAAGGGUCGCACGCAACUCGAUAAGGGCAAAUUGGGGGCGGAGAUCAAGAAGCUACUGGGAAUCUUCAACGACGAUGAGAAGCUCGGCCUCUUCGAACCCAAAGUGGGACAAGUCAGCAUGGCUGAUGCGGUGGGCCAGGUCGUGCGCUACGUCGAGGAGAUGCAUGCGCGUCAGCAUCGCAUGUUCGCGCUCUUCCUCUUCAUCUCCAAGGACUCCUUCCGCAUCAUCCGCGCUGAUCGCGACGGACUGAUCGUGACGAAGAGCACCCCGUGGUCGGGACCGAACGCGCCUACACCCAACCCUCUGACCGAGUUCCUUCACCGCUUCGAUCACCUCUCCGAAAAGGACCAGGGCUUCGAUGACACCGUUCGCGACGUGCUGCCCAACGAUCCGAACGUCGCGCGUGCUCGGGAGGCGCUGGCGAAGUACAUGCCUCCGGAACAGAACGAGUCGACGCAGGAGCGUUCUGAGGAGCCCAUUCGCCAAAUGGGUGUGCCUUGCGCCGAGGAGGAGGGUGGCCUUCGCUGGUUCUACAUCUGGAAACCGUCGGUCAUCAAGACAACCGGGUUGCGGACGCGUGCCACACGCGGCUAUCCCGCUUGGGAUCCGAGGACCAAGACGGUCAUCUUUAUCAAGGACGCCUGGCGCUCCAACACCAAGGACGCGCUGGCGGAAGCGGACGUCAUUGGGGAACUCAACCGCGCGCGCGUGAAGUACGCCCCUAAGCUGAUUUGCGGUGGGGACCUCACAGACCAGCGGACCAUCACGGAUGCGUAUGUUUCCGCGGAGUGGAACCGUGGACAUCAUAAAGUCCACCAUCCUCGUAUACACCACCGUAUCGCGAUGAACUACGGUCAGCCGCUGUGGAAGUUCAAGUCCUCCAAGCAUCUGCUUCAGAUAUUGCAUAAUGUCUUCACUUGUCAUAAGCAAGCCGUUUCACGGUGUCGCAAGCUCCAUCGAGACUUCAGUGCAUGGAACAUCUUGUGGGACGAAAAGUCUGGAGAAGGGAUCCUCACAGAUUGGGACCUUUGCGCACCCAUGCCCCCCGCAGGUGCAUCCAAAACCGACCCCACCAUCAACAUGAUGGCCCAGCUACCCACUGGCCCUGGGCGACCGCCCGACCGUACGGGAACUUGGGCUUUCAUGUCUACUUUGUCACUCGGCCACCACAAGCUCCACGACGUCCAAGAUGAUCUGGAGUCCAUCUUCUGGGUGGCCUUGUUCAUAAUUAUCCUUUAUUUUCCCUUUGAUCGCAAGGUCGCCCUUCACAUUGUCGACAGUGUCCUCCAGCAGUACGAGUUCAAUCCGGAUGGAGUACCUUUUGGUGGCGACGGGAAGAGGAGCUUCUUCGGCACGAUUACUUCCUCUGCUCGGUCACUUUCGGGAGAUCCCCGUCGGUAUCGCCUUGCCUUCACCGAUUCCGUAUCGGCGCCCUUGUUGGAAUGGGUCCAUAUGUAUCGGCGGAUGCUCAAACAGUGGAUCGUCUACCAGGAUGCGUUGACGGACUGGCUUGAUCGUCAUUCGCAGCCAGCCGCGAACGGAGACGACGGAGACGACUCGAAAGGCGACAAUGGCAAUGCAGACGAUGGGAGCGAUGAUGACGACUCCGAGGACGACUCCGAUGACGACUCUGAUGAAGACGACUCCGAUGAAGACGACUCUGAUGAGAACUCCGAUGAGGAUAUCACAGACAGCGGAGAUGACGACGACGACAACGACGACGAUCCGAAGCCAAAACCACCGUCCCUUCGUAACUAUCGGAAGCUAGACCGAGAAUGGCGGCUGAUCUUGAAAAGGGGCAAGAAGGAAAAGGGCGCGUUCAAGAAGAACGAUCGGCUUUCCGACGAGCUUCACAAGCUGGACCCGGAGGAGGUCAUUGCUCAGUACAGGGAGCUCGUGCAGGCCGAGCGGCAGGAGGAGAUCGCAAUCGAAGCGACAGCGAGUGCGCAGUGGCAGCAGCAGCAGCAGCAGCAGCAGCAGCAGCAGCAGCAGCAACAACAACAACAGCUGCAGCAGCUCGCCAGCCAGCAUCUUCCCGUCGAUUCCGAUUCCGAGCAGGAUGACGCUCUGCCCGUCGUCGGUCCCAUAGACGAACCGGAGACCGCAGACGACAUGCUGGAGGAGGAAGCGAAGCGCGCGACGAAGCGGCAGCGGAUAGCGACGAACGCGUUCAAGCGCACCUCGUCGCCCACCGCCGGCCAGUCUGGCAGGAUCUCUCCCGGCAAGGGCAGGGGCUCGACGUUGGAGUAG